GACUCCCCAGGGAGAUAGAUCGAUCCAAAUAUCUGUGGGAAUGGUCUCUUGGUAUAAAUACCGCUGUGCCGCUUUUAUAGCGAUAACGCGUGCCAGAUUGCCAGCGUAGAACUGAUCGGACUGCAGUAAGAGGGAGGCAGUAUGGCCACGUCAAGCUUUUGCAGAAUACCAUAUGAACCACCGGCAUGGGCUUCAAAACUGAAAAAGAUACCAUCUUCUCGCGUUAAGUUAGCUCACGCAGACACCCCGAUUCAUGAGUGGAAAGUCCCUGGUGUAAAGGCUCCGUUCACACUUCACGUAAAGCGAGACGACCUAACUGGCAGUACGCUUACCGGAAACAAGGUUCGAAAGUUAGAGUUUUUGUUGGCAGAUGCUUUGGACAAGGGUUGCAAGCACAUAAUUACAUGUGGUGGAAUUCAGUCUAAUCAUUGUAGAGCCACAGCGGUGGCGUCAGCUCAGAUGGGACUGAAGAGUCACCUAGUGCUUCGGUCAAAAUUGAAGAAUUCUGAAGACGUGCCUUGUAAUGGCAACCUGCUUCUUGACAGAAUGUGUGGUGCCCAAAUCUACAUCGUGCCUUGGGAAGGUACUUACGAGUCUCAUCUCAAACCAAGUAUGGAAAAUAUUGCUAGAGGAAUUAAGGAGUCAAGUGGAGAAGACUCGUACCUCAUUCCAGUUGGUGGGAGUAAUUCGGUCGGACUUUUUGGCUACAUAACAGUUUUUCAUGAAAUGAUUUCACAGGGUAUUUUAGACAAUUUUGAUGACAUAGCUUUUGCCUGUGGAAGUGGAGCUACUGCUGCAGGGCUUGCUGUAGGAAACUACCUGAACGGGUCCAAGCUCAAAAUCCAUGCCCUGAUCGUGUGUGAGGAUGCCAAGUUCUAUAAUGCCGCUAUCAAUGAGAUGUUGGACGAUGUUGGGCUGACUGACGUACGCUCAGAGGACAUGGUGGACAUGAUUGAAGGUCCUGAAAACCAAGGCUAUGGGGUGUCCACCCAGGAAGAACUAGAUUACUUCGUUCAAGUGGGCAUUGAUACGGGUGUCAUUGUCGAUCCAACCUACACGGGCAAAGCUGUGAAGUUCCUGGUUCAAGAAAUGAACAACCACCCUGAUAGGUUCAAGGGUAGAAGGGUAUUAUUUCUGCACACAGGUGGCAUCUAUGGACUGUUUGAUGGACGGAUGGACAACGUAUUAAAGCAGCACGAAAUGACCAAUAGAGUCAAGAUCCUUUAUGACUAACCGCGUCGAGUUGUGGGUCUCUUGAGGUGUGAGUGAAGUACUUAUUCUGCACUCCGUCCGUCACAGCAGAGUAACGACAGGAGGGGAGGAAAAAGGAUCAGGAUUUAUUGAACUUGAGCUGGUCACAUUUUCUAUUAGAUUUUUUUUCAGACGCUUUUGUCAACAGGGGGAGCUAAUCUGCUCGGACUAAAACAACAAGAACGUCGGGCUCUUAAUGAAGCCCAUUGUAGCACCAGCCGGUGUCACUUUGUGGCCAAACUUUCUGUCUUGUGUUGAGACGAAAAUGUCCGUGAAUGUGAUAAGCAUAAUACGAUAUUGCGUCAGUCAGCUAUUGCAAAUAUAAAGUUACCCUGUGAGAUAGGGGCGUAUACCAGAUAUUAAAAUCGGGAGGGGAGGUAAAACCUGUUCCGGCAUGGUUCUCUAUUUGCAGGAAUGCUACCAGGAAUGAUCUCUGUGUUGUUCAUGUAUACACAUUGUUCAGCACACAAUCUAAUAAGGAAAAUCAUUACAUGAGACUGAUUAGCCGAUUAAAGACCUUUCACACA